AUGCCAUCUCAACGAACAUCAAGUAACAGGAAAUCCAGGAAGAAGGCACUAUACAAAGAUGAUGCUAAUGCAGCAGAUGCUGUUACAUACAAGAAUCAAACCAGAACCACGCGAGCAGGAAAGGUGGUUUCAGAGCUAGUGAAGGUUUCUUUGAGUACCACAAAUCGACCUCAUAAGAAGAAGCCAAUAGGUUUAGAAGAACAGGAGCAUGGUACAUUCAACAAGGAUGCUGGAUUUAGUCAGGAUGAAAACAGUCUACCUUCAACUCACCAUGAUGAAAAUGUAGUCCCAAAAAUUCGGAAGAUUAAUUAUCUUGAAAAUAUUGAAGAAACCAAGGACGAGGAGGAACAAAAUCAACUACAACAAUUGAAAUGGAAACAAGCGCCCAUCGAGCAGUCGACAGAAUACACAAACAGUAUUGAUAUUCAGAUGGAAAAUCUUGAGGAAGACCCAGAGAAUUUGGAUCCAAAUGGCCCUACAGAUGAGGAGUUUGAGGCAUACCUAAACAGGUGCCGAGAAGAUCCUCAUUCAUUAGACAAUAUUCAAGACUGUGACAAUGAAGAAGAAGUAAGCAAAGCAGAGGCAGAUGUACGGGACAUGCCUCAAUAUCUCCGACCACAGUCGGCAAACAAAGGCAUUCCGACAGGGACUCCAAAGACUGACGGACUCAACAAUGCCUAUAUUCGGGCAAUUCAUACUAAUGGUGUCCACCACCUAGCCAUGGUUUAUUGUGUAUGCCAUGGAGCCAACAAUCUUCCUCUGGAUCUCAUUGCAAGUCGAUUAUUGCCAACAAGUUUUCACCGCAUUCGUACAGUUUUCUCCGCCCAGCUUCUAGACUAUUUCCGUUUAUCCAACCUAGAACUCAAGGCAUCAGCAUAUCAGUUCUACUCUCUUAUCCGACAAGUGACAAAUCCAAUGUUUCCUUCAAGUGUUGUGGACCUAUACAAUGAGUUCCGAAGAAUGUCGCGACUAUGGAGGUGGAUGAAAAAACUCAAAUGGUCGGGGUUUGCAGGGCAUAAUGGGAGGGCUGCGCUGUCUGUUGGAAAAGGAGAACUUGGAAUUUUUUGUCCCGCAUGCCCACAACCUGGAGUUAAUUUACCCGACAAUUGGAGAGAAGACCCAAAUCGUUGGGUUUACAAACGGAUAUUUGUAGCUGAUGGAAACUUCAAGGCUGAUCAUAUUCGCUCAGAAAAGCCAUCUUGA